AUUUCACAGGAAAAUAUUAAAACACCUUCAGGUUAUCAUUAACUAAAUCAGCAAAAGAAACAAUUUAAUCACAACUAAAUUAAUUUAGUGAAAAUGAGAAUUUCGAUUAACACAAUUAGACAAACAUAAUAAUUAUCACAUAGAAUUAAAUUGUCCACCAAUGGAUAAACUACAAUUUAGACUAAUUUAAAUAUUGAUCUAGAAAAUCAAUCGAUCAACAACCUUAACAAUCAAAACUUCAUUCAAUUUUCAAAUAGCCGGAGGGUAAAUCAUAACCAAGAAUAUGAAAACCCGUUCAUCCUUGUGAAUCAAUGGUGGUUUUUUUCAAUGAUUACCUUAGAUGAGAAACAUAGUUAAUUGUUAUGUUUCUAAUUAAACUUGAUCUUUCCGAUGGACUCACUAAAUUGUUGGGGAAAAACAAGUUUCUCAUCAUCAAACCAAAUCCAUUAAUGGGAUUGAUCACAUUUGAUUUACACAUUUAGUUUGGAACUUAAUUAGUACCAAUUGUAACUAAUUGUCGUUAAAAUGUUUCUAUUUGAUUAUGUGAUUUAUCCUGGAUUAAAAGUGGCCACAAUUUAUUUCAUUUAUAAAUUAAUUUCCAUUGUGAUCAAGAGGAUUAAAUUUGCUCGACAUUAUAUUAACUUUCCAUAUGAACCAAGUCAUUGGAUUCUCGGUGAUUUAAUCAAAGUUGCUCCUAAUUUCCCGUUCACCGAUCGUGAAGUAAUUGCUGAUGCUGUUCGGAAAUACGUUAAUCGUAAUCACUUACAAACAAAUCACCGUCACGAUUUAUCUGUUAUAUGGAUGAGUUGGUUUCCAAUUAUUGUCGCAUCGUCACAUCGAAGCCUUGAGGCCAUUUAUCAGUUAGAGACAAGGAAACAUCAUAUAUAUCGCUUUUUAGGUCUUCGAGAGGGUUUGAUCACUUCGAAUGGAGCUAAAUGGAAAGGUCGACGGAAAGCAAUCGAACCGAUGUUAACAACUAAACAAUUGACACAAUUCGUACCUGUAAUUAGGUCAAUUGUUGAUACUACAGUCGAUUCACUUUGUUCAGUUACUGGUCAGCCGAUUGUACUGUCCAGUUACAUUCAUUCGUUGACUAUGGAUGCGAUUUUUGAGACUGGAUUCAAAAUAUCUGCCGAUGAUUUUAAAGAGGAGAAAAAAAUAAUGGCCGAUGCAAUCGGACUUUUCGAAGACGCGUUAAUGGUCAGGAUAAUUAAUCCAUUCUAUUGGAGUGAUUGGAUGUUUUCCAAAUUCCAAAUGGGCAAACAAUUAGAUGAAUUGAGUAAACAAGGUGACGAUUAUUUCAACUAUUUCCUCGACAAACGACUCGGCAUCAAAACGACAAAAAAAUAUUCGAGAGUUAAAAUGAACAAUAAUCUGGAAAAAGAUAAUGACGAGAUAUUCAUUGAUCAUCCAUAUCGUGAUAUGAUUGACCUAAUGCUCAAAAAUAAAGACUCAAUUGAUCGCGAGGGAAUGGUCGAGGAGAUACUUACAAUGAUCGCCGCAGGGCAUGAGACAAUCGCCAAUGCAGUUAGUUGGCUGGUCUUCACUUUAGGAAAUCAUCCUGAAAUUCAGGAUCGAAUUGUCGAGGAAAUUGAUCGAGUGAUUCAAUCACCUGAAGAUAUUGACGAUCUCGGUAAAAUCGGUCAACUCGUUUACAUGGAACAGUGUAUCAAGGAGUCGCUUAGAUUGUUCCCCCCACUUCCUGUUGUUCUGAGAUACCUUGAGAAUGACAUUCAAAUUGGAUCCAGAACUUUACUCAAAGAUUCAGUGGUCGUCAUGUUCAUCUUGGCGGCUCAUCAUGAUCCAUCGGUUUUCCCUCAGCCAACCAAAUAUGAUCCUGAACGAUUUGCACCUCAUGUUGUUGAUUCUAUUCCUAAAUACUCAUUCCUGCCCUUCGGUUUGGGGCCGAGAAUGUGCAUCGGUUAUCGAUACGCUUAUAUUGAGAUGAAAAUAUUCUUGACUCAAUUUCUGCGUCGAUAUCGAGUCAAGUCAAUGAAAUCGCUUGAGGAGGUUAGUUUUUAUAUCGAAUUAAUUUCAAGGCCAACAUGCCCAUUGGAGGUUGUUCUUAGUCCGAGAGAUUAACUUGAUUAAAUUAUUCAAU